GAUCUAAUUACCGGGCCAUAAUUGGGGGCUGGGGAAUAGGUUGCCGUCCUCUCAACUCGCUGCAGAUCAAUUAUGUUAAGAGAACAUCUGUAAGUAGAGCUUAAUGAGGUCCAUUAGAGCAACAUGCGCUGGCUUCCCUAACGGUGCUUGUCAGCUUCUUGGAUGAGCUGGAGUGUGCUGCUGACUGGGGACCUGGUGGAGGGGCUUAAAUAGAGAGGAGGCUCCACUCUCUGCAGCGUUUUCCUGCCAGAGAACCAGAGAGACACACACAAAUAGACAGACAGAAAAACAGAAAGACAGACAGACAGACAGACAGGGGAGCCGGGACGCUCAAAGCCGUGGGAAAGCAGAGUUUAGGUUCAGUGUGAUUUGACAUCCCAACAACUGGGCAGAGAACCAACUGUUCCAACUCUUGUCGCCAAGUUUUCUUUACACAGUCUGGAGUUGCUGUGAGAAAGUUGCCUUGUGGACACUUCAGUCAAGAGAACAGAGAAAGAGAAACGCCGCUGCAGCGACCCUGAGAAGAGGUUCUGGGCAUCCCUGGCUGUAAUUUAAAGGUAUACAAAUGCUCUCCGUCCAGCCGGACACCAAGCCAAAAGGCUGUGCCGGCUGCAACCGGAAGAUCAAGGACCGCUACCUGCUGAAGGCCCUGGAUAAGUACUGGCACGAGGACUGCCUCAAGUGUGCCUGCUGUGACUGCCGGCUGGGCGAGGUGGGCUCCACGCUCUACACCAAAGCCAACCUCAUCUUGUGCCGGAGAGACUACCUACGGUUGUUUGGUGUAACGGGGAACUGUGCAGCCUGCAGCAAGCUAAUUCCAGCCUUUGAGAUGGUCAUGAGGGCCAAGGAGAACGUCUACCACCUGGACUGUUUCGCGUGCCAGCUCUGCAAUCAGAGGUUUUGUGUGGGAGACAAGUUUUUCCUGAAGAACAACAUGAUCCUGUGCCAGACGGACUACGAGGAGGGGCUGAUGAAGGAGGGCUACGCCCCCCAGGUCCGCUGACCCCCGCUAGACGAGGAGGAAGAGGAGGAAGAGGAGGAAGAGGAGGAGGAAGAGGAGGAGUAGGAGUGGGAGAAAGAGAGACUGAAGGAGAGACUGCUCCUGUCCAGCUCCUGGCCUCAUCAUGUACAUAACUCAGCUUCCCUGGGAGGGUGGGAGGGGGGGUGGGGGGGGGGGCACACUCUGCUGUACAGAAUAGCCAUACAGACACCAACGUGGCAGGGAAAGGCCCUGGAAGCCUGCAACAAACUACACAAAUGAAAACAAACAGUUUGGCCAUUUCUGUGUUUAUGACGGAUGCUGCCUCUUUCCUCCUGGCCAACCACCAGCCGCCUCAGAGAAUUCUAACCAACAGCUGAUCCUGCCUGUUGGAAA